AUGCGCGUCCCAUUUCGCAAGCUGCGCAACCUCGCGAAGACUACAGAGGCCUUGGUGGUCUCCGCCUGGCUCACGAGGCAAGGCCAUCCGCCGUCGCGACGGCUCGUGCUGCCAGAACAACUCACCGCGUCGCUCGCCCUGCCCGAGCCGGCCGCGGCGAUCGACGAAGGCGCGUGGCGCGCGGCCGAGACGAUCGAGGCGCUCGAGGGCCUCACGUUCGGCGAAGCGAUCGCGCCGCCGUCGACGAUCGAAUGCUUCGAUAUCAGUCAUUUUUGCGGGCUGCAGACCGUGGGCGCGUCGUCGGCCUUUGACCGCGGCGUGCUGGCGCCGGACCGCUACGGCUGGUACUCUCUCAGCGACGGCCCGCCGGACGACCCGGCCGCCAUCGCCAGGUCCGUGACCCAACGUCUCGAGGAGACGGACCCGCCGGACCUGUUUGUCCUCGACGGCGGUAUCGCCCAGCUCAACGCCGCCACGCGCGCCGUCGCCGCGGCCGGCGCCUCGACGCGCUGUAUCUCGCUCGCCAAGCGCGAGGAGCUCAUCUACGGCGCUGGGCCGACGCCUCUCGCGCUGCCGCGGCACUCGCCGACGCUCACGCUGCUACGACGUCUCCGAGACGAGGCGCACGCGGCGGCCCUGUUGGCGCACCGCCGCGCCCGCGGUCGCGCGGGCGAGACGACGUUUGCGUCGGUGCUCGACGAAGCGCCCCUCGAUCCCGACGCGAAGCGAAGCCUCCGCGCCGCCUUUACGUCCGCGGCGGACCUGCGCGAGGCGCCAAUUGACGCGCUCCGCGACAUCAUCGGCGACGACGCCGCCGCCGUCCAGUCGUGGCUCGCCGCGCCGGCCGCAACUCAGCAAGCCGAAAAUUUCGACGACCUCGCUGCGCUCGUCGUCGGCAAGGGCGGCGCCGUCGACGCCGUCGCCGCGGACGGCCGGCGCCGCGCGUCCUCGGCCGUGGUCGACGCUGCCGCCGAGGCGCAGGCGCGGCGGUGGUGGCAGCCGCGGCGGGCCCUGCGCCUCGAGACCGCGGACCCUAUACAUCUCGCGCGGCUCCUCGAGGCCGCCUCUGAAGGCACCGGGCUCGACGACGCCCUGCUGUCGUGGACGCGGCCGUCGCACACGGAGGAGCGUCCCGUCGUCGCGGCUUCGACGCCUCUCCCGGCCAAUCAGAUGAUGAAGCGCGCCGGCCCGGCGUUCGAGCCGACGCCCGGGACGUUCCAGAUGCGCUCGCCCUACGAGCCGCGCGGCGACCAGCCGACGGCGAUCGCGCACCUCGUCAAGGGCUUAGGACGAGGGACGCCGCGCGUAGUGCUCGCCGGCGCGACGGGCACGGGCAAGACCUUCGUCCUCGCCCACGCCAUCGAAGCUUUAUCAAAGCCGACCCUCGUCCUCGCGCCGAACAAGGUCCUGGCGGCGCAGCUCUGGUCCGAGCUCCAUUCGCUCUUCCCGGACAACUGCGUCAAGUUCUUCUGCUCGCACUUUGACUUCUACCGGCCCGAGUCCUACUCUAGGGCUACGGACAACUACGUCGAGAAGCGGUCGGCGACGAACAGCCGCAUCGACGCCCUGCGCCACGACGCGACGCGGUCCCUGCUCGAAAGGCGCGACACGAUCGUCGUCGCCACCGUGUCGUGCAUCUACGGUCUAGGGAUGCCCGCGGAGUACGUGGAAUCUGCAGUCCCUUUGCAGGAGGGCCAGCCCUGGGCCUCGCCGGCGGCGCUCGCCGACACGAUAGCUAGUUUACGAUACGCGCCCGGCAGCAGCGACCGCGGUUCUUAUUCACUCGCCGAGAAUGAUGGCGCCGUGACGCUCUCCGUCGGGCUCGUCGUCGACGACUUGCGCCUCGAUGUGCGCUUAGUAAGUGACGAUACCUGGACGAUCGAGUCGCUCGCCCUCGUCGGCGAGGACACUUCUUCAACGGUCGACGCGUACGUGCUCUACCCGGCGUCGCACCACGCGGCGACGCCGGAGGAGAUCGAGCGGGCCUGCGACGAUAUAGAAAUUGAGCUCGUGCAGGAGCUGGAGCGGCACCUCGCCGCGGGUCGCUGGCGCGAGGCGGAACGCUUGCGACGCCGCGUUGCCGACGACGUGGCCAUGCUGCGGGCGGAAGGCUGGUGUGCGGGCGCCGAGAACUACGCGCGGCAUCUGAGCGGUCGCGCCGAGCACGAGGCGCCCGCGACGCUGAUCGAUUAUUUUCCCGACGACGACUGGCUGCUUGUUGUUGAUGAGGCUCAUGUAGCAGUCCCGCAGCUCCGCGGCAUGCACGCCGGCGACCGCGCGCGGAAGUCUUCGCUGGUGGAGAACGGGUUCCGGCUGAAAUCCGCCCUGGACAACCGCCCGCUCACGGCGUCGGAGUUCUGGGCGCGCGUGCCGCAAGCCGUGCUUGCGACGGCCACGCCGUCCGAGGACGUGCUCGACAUGUGCGAUCGAAGCCCAGAGAACGUCGCGUCAUUAGUGGUGCGGCCCACGGGCGUCGUCGAUCCGUCAGUUACGGUCGUCAACGCUUCUAAGGCGGGCGGGCUCGAGGACCACCUCCUCGCGGCCGUUUCCAACGCGGAGGGACGGGCACUCGUGACUUGUUUGACCAAACGUUCCGCCGAGGCGCUGGCGGACUUUUUGACGAGCCACGGCAUUCCCGCGGCGUGGCUCCACGCGGACUUGGAUAGCCAGAAGCGGUUGAAGGUCUUGGACGCGCUGCGCCGUGGCGACCUGAAGGCCGUCGUGGGCUGCAAUUUAUUGAGAGAAGGACUUGAUUUGCCCCAGGUCUCGCUCGUGGCGAUCGUCGGCGCGGAGAAGCGCGGUUAUCUGCGGAGCGCCACAUCUUUAAUUCAGACCAUUGGUCGGGCGGCGCGGCACGUCAAUGGGGAAGUACUGUUGUAUACGGACGACGGCUUCGUGAGCGAUUCGAUGCGGGAAGCGAUUGAAGAGACGAAUAGGCGUCGCUCAAUUCAGCUGCGCUACAACGAAGACAACGGCGUGACGCCGCGGGGCGCGGCCGCGGCGGGUGGCGACGCGAACGACGCCCUCGCGGAGCUGCUCGGUCCCUCGCGCGGCGGUCCGGGAGGAGGAGGCGCGAUGCGCGAGCUGCCGGUCUUCGAAGACCCCACGGACGAGGCGCUCCACGUCGCACUCCGCGAGUGGCGCAAGGCGACGGCCGCGGCCAACCGAAAGCGCCCCUUCCGCGUCUUCCCCGAACGCACGCUGCAAGACCUCGUCGCAAAGAAGCCCACGACCACCUCCGAGUUGAAGGAGGUCUGGGGCCUCGGGCCGGCGCGGCUGGCGCGGCACGGCGACGAGGUGCUGGCGGUGGUGCGGGAGUACGUGGUGUCGCGUUGA